AAACGUGUCGUUUUACUCAAUUUUCACUGUCACCAACUAUGCGUUUUCUUUGUAAGCAUCGCUAGCCUAGCCCACCUAAGUUAAAGCAUGUUAAUCCUUUCAUGGACCUAUUCCCAGCUCAUUCCUUUUAUCUGUCGUUUAUGGCAGAUUCCCAAGGUUAUGGUAGUUUUUGAUUCUGGGUUCUUUCUUUUGAGUCAUUUUAGUGUGUUAAUCCAACUUAAAAUCAUUUUGAUUAAGUGGGGUUGACUAUAUAGUACUUGAGUUUGAAUGCAACUAUGCAAACCUCACCUAGAUAUGGCAGCAGAACCCUUCAGUUUCAGACCUCUAAUGUCUUGUCCAAGCAGAGGCGUAGCGGUUAUGAGCCGUCUGAUACUGAGACAGACUUCAAUGAAAGUCCUUGGCGUGAUCAUGUUCCAGAAAAGGAACGUUUAGACUUUGUUAAACCAAGGAACAUUAGCCCUUUAAAGCUCAGCCGCAGGCACACAUCGAGGCAUGAAUUUGGUGCAGACAACAGCUCAGGAGCUCGUAGUAGGAGACACAAUAGUAAGUCACCUUAUAAGCCAUCAAGAAGAGAAGAUACCAAUGCCCUUUCACCUGAUCCGAAGGCUUCUGAUUAUGUUUCUCCUUAUGAACAAGUCCUGGAAGAGCAUAAUUUGGAUAAAGAUGAGUUUGUGUAUCCACACAGGAAGCAAACUAAGGUUGUUGAAGUUAGUAGAGUGAGCAAGAAACCAAACUAUAUGAUGAGCAAGAGAUCAGUAAGUGCUCCAAGAACAAGGCAGAGAGAUAAGGAGCAACCGAUUGUUUAUGAUCAAAUUUCUGAGAAGGAGAGAACAGUCUCACCAUUGUCUAAACAAAGAGAAGCUCCUCAAGUGAAAGUGGUGGUGGCGCCCUCAAUCGGCGAAAUCAAUGAAAGAGUUGCCUAUGCAAAGCUUGCUAGAGACCCCACUCGAAACACUGCAAAUUUUGAGAGUACUGACUCUAUUUCGCCAGGUGAUAUAUUCUUUUCUCGAGAAUGGAAUGUAAAGGCAUUACCUAAGAAGGAAGGUUCAGGAAACCAUUUUUGUCCAAAACCGAAAGUAGUAUCUCAAAGAGAUUCUACUAUGCCUCACUUGAGAAGUACUAGAGCAAAUAACAAUAUUAACCAUCAUAAGUCAUCAACUUCAAUCUUCACUUCUUCUGCAAGUAGGCCAGGAAGUGGUAGGUUUAGCACUGAGAGUAGUAAACUGAGUGAAGUGAGCGUGAGAACAACUGAGAGCAUGAAAAAAUUCACAGAAAAUAGGAAGAAGAAGCAGAAGGAGACAUGGUUUGGUUGUAUGAAGAAAGGUCCUUGUAGGACCUCAAAGUCACCUGAGAAGAAUCCUAGAACCACAUUCAAUGAGACCGCAUUCAUUGAGAAAGCUUAUGUGGUUGAAAAUCUGAGACAGUUCUGGGCUGAUAAGUAUCAACCUGCUUCCUUGAAUGGAUUCACUUUACAUAAACAAGAGGCUCAACUUCUCAAGCAACUUGUAUCAGAUGACAUUUGCCCCCAUAUUUUGCUGAAGGGGCCAUCUGGUUCUGGAAGAAGAGCACUAGCAAUGGCUCUUCUGCGCGAAUUAUAUGGCGAUGCAAGUUGGAAUAUAUCACAUGAUUUAAGAUACUUUCAGAUUCAGGAAAACCGGCCAACGCAAGUGGCUGUUCCAAUAACAUCAAGUGCUCACCAUUUGGAGCUCAAUGUUCACAAGGAAUCAAAUGCCAAAUAUGCUUUAAUGGGUUUAGUUAAAGAAAUUGUCAAAGAUUAUACAGUUGCACCUGAAAUCAGUAUUGCUAAUCUCAGCACUAGUUAUAAAGUAAUUGUUCUUUAUGAUGUGGACAAAGCAACAGAUAACACCAUCCAACAUCUGAUAAAAUGGAUUUUUGACUGUUACUCUCAUUCAUGUAAACUCAUCCUCUGCUGUGAAGAUGAUACAGAGAUAAUUGAGUCAGUGAAAAAUCAAUGCAAAACUAUCAAAGUCAAUGCUCCUGUAACUCAUGAGAUCAUGGAAGUACUCAUUCAGAUAGCAAGGAAGGAAGACUUUGAUCUGUCUAUGGAGUUUGCAGCUAAGAUUGCUAUCAAAUCAAAACAGAAUCUUAGAAAAGCAAUCAUGGCCCUUGAAGCAUGCAAGGCUCACAACUAUCCUUUUGUGGAGGAUCAACCAAUUCCACUUGGAUGGGAAGAGGUUCUGGUUGAAAUCUCAGCAGAAAUCCUAGCCAACUCAUCAUCUAACAUGUUAUUUGUCAUAAGAGGAAGAUUUCAAAAGCUUCUACUUGAGUUUGUUGACCCCAAACUGAUUUUACAGAAGCUUGUGGAACAGUUUCUAAAAGGAAUAGAAGCUAAUAUUAAAAGGGAACUUUAUUACUGGCAUGGCUAUUAUGACAAGAAACUACCAACUGGACCAAGUGCUUUGCUAAAACUAGAAGAAUUCUUGGCCAAAUUCAUGAGCAUAUACAGAAAAAGUUCAAAUAAUCGACAGUGAAUCAUGUAGCUUAUGUAUUAUUUUUAUCUGAUGCGUAAUUAUAGAAGACUUUUUUCAGAUUAAGAGUGAAAGCUUUGCUACUUAAAUAAAUGUAAAAUAAAAUAAAUCUACAUUUUUUUU